UCUGGAGGGCUAACCUAACCCUCGGAAGAGAGAAAAGGGGGAGAAUAGAGAGGGAACUCUGUCUCACCACCUGCGCAAGUUAGCAAAGAAGAGUUUGGAGAAGGCGGAAGAAGGGCAGCGAAAGAGGAGAGAAGGAUGGGUAAGACUCCGGUGCGCAUGAAGGCGGUGGUGUACGCGCUGUCGCCGUUCCAGCAGAAGGUGAUGUCGGGUCUGUGGAAGGAUCUGCCGGGCAAGAUCCAACACAAGGUAUCCGAGAACUGGAUCAGCGCUGCUCUCUUACUCACCCCACUCGUGGGAACCUACACUUAUGUGCAGCACUACCAGGAGAAGGAGAAGCUGGAGCACAGGUACUGAGCUCGUGCCACCUUUAUAAAAAAAAGAAGAAGAAGAAAAAUCCGCUUCAGCUGUGGCAAAGAAGAGGUUUGCGAAUUCGAUUGUAGUCACCCGACUUGGGAACUUUCUUGUUUUUGGCUAUGAAUUGCAUGCAGUGUUUUGUUCCUGUUUAACCUUCUAAUAAGUUUGUGGAUAUUACUGCUUAAUCCAUCAUCUGCUCUGUUUUGUCUU